GUUUCGCAAUUGGGCUUCGGAUGCGGGGGAGUUUUAGGAAUUUACAAUGCCCCUCUUUCCCAUGAGGUUGGAUGUUCCAUUAUAUUAGAAGCAUUUAAUAAGGGUAUCACCAUCUUUGACACUGCUGAUAUGAAUGGAGAAAAUUAUGACAAUGAGAUCAUGAUUGGAAGUGCACAACUUUAG